CAUUUUGGUCGUUUCAAAGCCGAGCAAAUAGUUCGUCAAUAAACAAUGGAGGGUUUGAUUCCGUACCUGAUGCAAGCCAUGAAGAAAGGGCACGACCCUAAUGCUCACUACAGCAGAUCGGUGUCGGCCGGAUCCAGCCGCGGAAAUCGGCCGCUGCUGCUGGGACAUGACGAUCAUUCAAAUUCACUCCAUCAUGGAUCGUCUCACCGUCGAACAAGAUCGGAUUACAAACCUCCUGGGCCUGAUCAGUUGUGGGACCCGCGAUCCGGGUUUGGUCAGGAUCUCGAUUCUGAUUCGAUGAACAAAAGCAGUUCCUCGUUCGUUGGCGGCGCGGAUGUUGUGAAGGAGGCUGAAGAAAAUGUUUCUUAUACUAUGCGUUGAUCGUCAUUAGUGUGGUGUUAUAUUAUAUGCUAAAUCUUUCUAUUUUUAUUUCAAUUUUUUCUCCCAAUGGUUCGUAACAUGUUGUAUUAACAGAUUGAUUUGAAGAUUGUUCUGUGUUCUUAA